AUGAUAGCUGUCAAACGGAAGGCUGAUUGGGUGGGCCCCACUGUGCCGCUCUGCAUCUAUGGUUUCUGCUCCAUGAUGAGGCCUAUAGAGCCCUUUAUGACAGAGUUUCUCACAGGACCUUACAAGAAUCUCACCACCGAGCAGGUGACUAGACAGGUGUAUCCUGUGUGGACUUACUCCAGCCUGGUUCUCCUCAUCCCAGUCCUCCUGGUGACAGACUUCCUCAGGUACAAGCCUGUAAUCAUCCUCCAGGGGUUUAGCCAACUCACAGCGUUUCUGCUGGUACUAGUUGGCUCGGGGGUCCGCUCGGCUCAGUUUGCCUUCUUCAGCUACAGCAUUGCCGUGGCAGCAGACGUGGCCUGUUUGUCCUACAUUUACAGUGUGGUGUCGCCUAGCUUCUAUCAGAGAGUGACUGGUUAUGUGAAAGGGGCCGUGUUGCUGGGCUAUGGUCUGGGCGCUCUGCUGGGGCAACUGCUAGUGUCUCUGGGUGGGGUGUCCUUGUAUUGCUUAGCUAUUGUGACUCUCGUCUCUGUCUCCAUAGCACUGAUAACCUCCUUUUUCCUGCCUAUGCCUGAGACUAGUUUAUUUCAUAAGGGGACGUGUUCUGCACAACAGGGAAGCUCAGGUGAGGACAGUCACGACUCUGAAAGCCAAGACUUUUCCACGUGGAUGAAGAGCGUGAUGGCUGCCAGGCACGUUGCGAGGAUGUUAAGAACACUGGCAUUGGACUGCAAGAAAUGCUAUUCGUCUAUUGCCGUGCUCUUCUUCUGCAUAUGGGCAGCUACAGGGAGAUGUGGCUUUUACCAGGUUACAGGGUACGUCCAGCUCCUCUGGGUUUACAAGCAGCCCCACAACUUCACGGCCUACAAUGGAGCGGUGGACGGCAUCAGCACACUGGCAGGAGCUGCAGCCACUGUUGCUGUGGGACACUUGUCUCUGGAGUGGUCUGUGUGGGGGGAACUGGUCCUGGGGGGAUUCACGUUCCUCAUCGCUGGAGCUUUAUUCCUCAUGGAUCUGACUGACAGCAUCUGGAUCAGCUACACAUGCUUCUUCAUCUUCAAAACUGUUUACAUGCAGCUUUCCACCAUCUGCACUUUUCAGAUCGCCAAGAUGCUGAACAGGGAGCGCUAUGCGUUGGUAUUUGGCAUGAACAGUUUUGUGGGCACAAUUCUUCAGAGUGUACUCACCGCAAUCGUCAUCAGCUCCAAGUCUCUACAGCUCACCAUCACCUUGCAGUUCCUUAUCUACGCCUCGUACUUUGUUGCCAUUUCCCUGCUGUUCACAGUCAGAGGUGUGUAUACUCUGCUCCACAUGAAUCGUCUCGCUGGAGGCAACCAGGCAGAGAGGGCCGUCAACCUGCCAGAGGCCUCACGCCUUUGA